CCCCGCCCCCUCAGAGUCCCCCGCUCGGCCGCCCCGCGUGGAAGGCAAGGAAGGAGGCAGCCCGAGACACUGGGCCAUAUUUUAAAACAUUUCUGCGCCCAAGAACACGUAAUUUACUAGUCUUUCAUGGGAAUUUAGGGCCUUUCCAGGGGUACUUUUAUGACCCUGGUGGUAGUCUGAGCCUUCUUCUGUACCGUGAACCUAAAAGAACACUCAUUAGAACUCGAUUAACCUCCUUUUUGGCCUUUGGAAAUUGUUGAUGUGAGAGGCAGGGUCGUCUAAGAAUACGAACCACUGACUACCAGGCCGCCCGUGAAGGACAGACGGCAGGGCAGCGUGCGUGACUAAGGACACGGAAGACUUCAGAGAGUAAAGUGCUCCAAGAACAGAGAUAUGCAGAGAGCAUCACACAGACACUAGGGUGAAGUCAUUAAGGGUGAGCGAUGCACUUUCCCGCUGGGUCCCAGGUGCUGUUCGUGGGCGAGGGCGACUUCUCCUUCGUCACUUCACUCACCCAGGGGAACAGGUGUGUCGGGGCUCACCUGACGGCCUCGGCGCUGCAGGACGAACUCAGUGAGAGGGCGAGAGGGAAUGUGGAGCUGCUGAGAGGGAGAGGCGUGGAGGUGGCGCUGGGAGUGGAUGCCACCCGCCUGCACCUCCACCCACUCACCCAACACGGCAAAUUCACCCACAUUGUCUUUAACUUCCCCCACGUUGGCGGCAAAAUGAGAAUCGAGCGGAACCGAAAACUCCUCCACGAUUUCUUCCAAAGCGCAACUUGGGUCCUUGAGGUCGACGGGUGUGUGUUGGUGACCCUGUGCGGAGGUCAGGGCGGUGUGACCCUUGACCCCAUGGCGAGGCGCUAUGACGAUACAUGGAAGGUCAUAUUGAUGGCCUCGCACGCCGACAUGGUUUUGAGGUCGAUAGAAAAGUUCACGCCAGGUCACUAUCCCGGUUACUCUGCGACGGGUUACAGGUCAAUGGAGAAGGGGUUUUGUCAGGCCUCAGCGCUGACCUACACGUUCCAGGUCAGCAUGCUUUCCGUUGACCCUACCGACGCGUUGCUGACCUACCCUGUUUCGAUAUGUGAUGGCAGUGUCCUUCACCUCCCUUCCUUCCUUCACACAUGCAUGAAGAGGGACAUAGUGUCUGAUUCCUCUUCCCUCGCUGGUUAUUUCUUCAGUCUGCUUCUGGGGGUGCUCGGAGGGAGGCUUUCGGUCCAUCGCGGCGAGAAAUUGGUCUUCGGAAAGGAGGGUCAGGAGGAGAGCCUUAGGAGGUAUAGCGAGAAGUUGCUUUUGAGAGAAGAAUCACAGGAGGAAAGUGUAAAGAAUUCCGAGACUGUCAGUAAGUGUGGGAGUAUUCAAGAACUGACUAUUGGAGGAGAUACAGGGUUCAGAGACAGUUCUAGAGUUGAUUGUAGUGAGAAAUUGAUGUCCAGAAGAGAAGUACGGGAAGGAAGUCUAAAGAAUUCCAAGACUGUCAGUAAUUGUGGGAGCCUUCAAGAACUGACUAGUAGAGGAGAUACAGGGUUCAAAGACAGUCCUAUAGUUGAUUAUUGUGAGAAAUUGAUGUCCAGAAGAGAAGUACGGGAAGGAAGUCUAAAGAAUUCCAAGACUGUCAGUAAUUGUGGGAGCCUUCAAGAACUGACUAGUAGAGGAGAUACAGGGUUGAGAGACAGUUCUAGAGUUGAUUGUAGUGAGAAAUUGAUGUCCAGAAGAGAAGUACAGGAAGGAAGUCUAAAGAAUUCCGAGACUGUCAGUAAUUGUGGGAGUAUUCAAGAACUGACUAUUGGAGGAGAUACAGGGUUGAGAGACAGUCCUAGAGUUGAUUGUAGUGAGAAAUUGAUGUCCAGAGAAGAAGAACAGGAAGAAAGUCUAAAUAAUUCAGAGACUGUCAGUAAUUGUGGGAGUUUUCAAGAACCAACUGUCCUCUCUCAUUCGCCUUGUAGGGUUAACAUAGGAGGAGGAGACACAGGAGGAGACACUCCUAAAGUUAACUGUUGUGAGAAAUUGAUGUCCAGAAAUGAAGUACAGGAAGAAAGUCUCAAUAUAUCCGAUGGUGCCAGUAAAAGCGCGAUUCUUCCGAGCGCACAACCCACCAUCUCCUGUCACUCGGCUUACAGAAUCAACACCGUAGGAAGCUUAAGCCUCGACCCCCUCAUCGUCCUCCUCUGCCCUGGAAACACAGAGACGAUAGACCACUUACUAUCACAACCACAAACCAUCAGAAUCAGAAACGUAAGCAGGUCGUUCGUUCCUGAGACUAAAUCAUUCGCAUUCAGGGACUUUACAGAAGGCAAGAUGUGCUUUACCGAGGGGGGAGAUGUUGGAAAUACUCUCACAUGUUACCUCAUUAGUGUCGCAGCCUUGGCCGAGCAGUGCGGGGGUGUGAAGGAGGAUGAGGUGUGGGGGGAAGGACAGGCGGUAGGGAUGCGCGAAGAUGCCCUUACGUAUACCCCAUUCAGCCUCUUCCCUAGCAAAUACACUUAUGAUCUCAGCUUCUGGGAGACGAGAUUAACAGGAGAGAAAAGUCCAGCAAAUGUUUCUGAUGCUGCUGAAUAUGGAAACUCAAAUGACACUACAGGUACAAGCGAUGAACGUGAAUUGACAGUUUCCGAGCAUAGAGGCAACGUUAAAGUUCCUACUGACAAUAAGACCUCACUGAACACUUUAGCAAGAAAUUAUGAAGCUAAACCGACACUUUACCCCACUAACGCAACCUCACACAGCCCUCCCUUAACCCACACACCUGAAUCAACACUUUCCCCCACUAACACAACCUCACACAACCCUCUCACAACCCAAACACCUGAAUCAACACUUUCCCCCACUAACACAACCCCACACAACCCUCUUGCAACCCAACCACCAGUCCCCCCACCAUUCAAAACCACACUCGACACCAUAAUCACCAAUAUCGGAGGAGAGGCACUGCGGAACUACAGACUAAUGAGUGUUUACGAGUGUCCGAAAACCGGUCGUAGGAGUUUCACAUAUCGCCUGGUGUAUCGUAGCUGGCGAGGGGCGCUGUCAGAUGAGGGGGCUAAGAGGAUACAUGGAUACAUAGGACGGCAGCUGGAGAAGUGUAUGGGGGUGGAGGUGAGGUGAGGGAGGAAGGAGAGA